AACUAGUGGCAAGUAUCCAAAACAGUUGGGAUCAUGUAUUUAACGUAAACAUAUGUGAUUUAUUUUUUAAUAAUUAUAAAUAAAAUAUAUUAAAUUUUUUUAAACAAUGCCAGCUUCGAGAAAAAAUUGUUGUAUUCUUGGAUGUAAUAAUACAUCAUGCUGAGAACGUGGAUUCGGUGUGGAAGUGAAAUUUUAUAAAUUUCUUGAGAGCGUGUUAGGAGCCUCAUGGAAAAUAUUAAAACGUAAACAGUGGAUGAAUGCAAUGAAAAAUUACGUAGAAAAUCCAAAAGAAUGGGUACCAAAUAAAUAUACGAGAAUUUGUAGUACCCAUUUUGUAAAUAAUGAAAAAUCAGAGCAUCCUUUACACCCAUCUUAUGUUCCUUCGAUUUUUCCUGGACGUGAAAAUGUAAAAAGAAAUAUUCAAUCCUUGGAACGUUUUCAACGAGUCAGGAAUCGUGAAACAAACACAAUCCACAUCAAUAAAUAUAUUGUGAGUGAAAAAAAAAGAAAUAACAUAAACAUUGAAAAUACGAUAGACAAAGUAAUGGAGCAAGGUAAUGAAGAACAUGCAAGUAGUGUUGAAGAGCAUCCGAUUGAUAUUCAUGUUGAAACUGUUACGGUGAAGCCUGUGCAACGGAGCAUAAGUUGUCAAACAGAGAUAGUCACAGAUGGAGCUUAUGAAGAUUUGGCAUAUUUUUUUUGCAAUCUUAACUAUUUUAACAAUUUAAACACGGCUGCAGUACAGAUUCGAGUUGUGAUCCUAUAAAUAUAG